AUGGAGGAGUCGAGCAGCAGAGAGCAGCAGCCAGCCAGGCGGUGGGCCUGCCUGGUCAGUGGUCGCCGCGUCACUGGACAAGGCGGUCAGGAGGGCGGCCAGGGCACGCCGACUGCCUGUUGGGGCAAGGCGUCGCUGUCACUGCAAGGACACUGGGAGGCUGCCUUGAUAGAGGCGUCUCGUCUGACGAAAGCCACCACAACAGCCAUCCAGCAGACCUACCUUGAUGGCUGGACAAUGACCGCUAGGCCGGCCAGCUCGCCACUCACCUGCUGCGGUCACACCCGUGACUUCACUUCAGCAUGA